GAGAAGAUAGAUCUCCAGAGAGAGAGAGAGAGACUUCGAGAGAGAAACCCCGAGAGAGAGGAGAGAGAAAGAGAGGAGGAGAGAGAGGGGGAAAGCGUUUUCGGUUUUUUCCGUUAGAUGCCUCUGGUUUUACCCGGCUCUUCUCUUGCUCAAAUGGCUACAGACGAGGAGAUUGUUUCAGGGCUCGAGACCCUUCUCAGGCAACAGCAGGUCGACCCUUCUCUUCUGAACUCCACGAGCAUCAGAGAACAACUCGAGGCCAAGCUAGGGUAUGACCUAACCCAUAAGAAGGCCUUCAUUCACUCUCAGAUUGACCUCUUGGUUCACUCGAACCAGGCUCACCACCACCACCACCAGCAGCAACGAGCUCAGGCUCGCCCUCCGCCUGCUCAUAUUGGUCAUGGCCAUGGUCAUGGUGAGCUUGGCGGGUUUUCUGCGGCGCCCCCUUUCGGUGAGGCUCACAUGGCUGCCUUUGAUUGUGUGAGCCCUGUGCCUCAGCAACAGGCCCCAGUAGUUCAGCAAGAGGCGCCUAGAGAGAGCACACCAGCCACCACAGGCAAAAGAAGAGGGGGACCUGGAGGCCUUACCAAGAUGUGUGGUGUCUCACCUGAGCUUCAAGUCAUUGUUGGGGAGCCAACCAUGCCAAGGACUCAGAUUGUGAAGCAAUUAUGGGCGUACAUUCGGAAAAACAACCUCCAGGAUCCUAGUAAUAAAAGGAAGAUCAUCUGCAAUGAUGCACUGCGAUUGGUGUUUGAUACAGACUGCACUGACAUGUUCAAGAUGAAUAAAUUGUUAUCAAGACACAUUCUACCACUUGAACCUUCAAAAGAUUCACGUCCAGAUGCCAAAAGAUUGAAGGCAGAGCCUCAGUCUUCUACGAAAUUUACUGAAGCUGGCCCCCCUCCUGGAACAAUAUCUGGUGCCCUUGCAAAGUUUUUUGGUACUGGAGAGACCGAGAUGUCACUGUCAGAAGCUGUGACGCAUGUUUGGGAGUACAUAAAAGCUAACCAUCUGGAGGAUCCAGUCAACCCCACUUCGAUAAUCUGUGAUGCCAAGCUUCAAGAGCUUUUUGGAUGUGAAAACUUUUCUCGAUUACGACUGCAAGAUAUGCUGGACCGGCAUAUCUUCAAGAGAUGAAAGAGAAAACUCAACUGGCUCAACUGGUUAGUACGUUUAGCAAUGCUAUUUAGAUUGUGCAAAUUCAGUUUUCAGGUUUUACUUUUGAGUUGGGCCCUGGCCCUUGAAAAUACUUAGCUGGCCCUCUCUUUUUCUUGUGUGUUUUUUUCUGACUUAACUUAAAAUCAUGCAAUUAAAGAUAGUUGCUCUCACGAAACCUUAAUAUGGGUCUGGCUUUUGCUCAGCUUGGGUACCGAUCCAAGGCUGUUUGAUAUAGCCGUGCUCUCUGAUUCACAAGCAAAAGGGUAUUUGUAUCUUGAAUUGACGAUUCCCUUUCCAUUUGAAUGUAUAUUUCAGUUGCUUUGUACCCUUUUGAAUUUGUAUCAGAAUCUCAAUUCUCAUUCUCUAACUGCUGCAGACAGCUGUUUUUAAUCAAUUCAGGUUUGAGAUUUUGAGAUGGUGGCGGUCUUUUUCAUGCCCCUUCUUCAUGAUUGUACUAAAUGUUGUUUAACGGAGUUCCCCAACUCAUCUAUGCUAUACAAGCCUGAAAACUCUAUAAUUGCUUUAAGAAAGCUUCACCAAGCUUGACAAG